UUUUGAAUGAGCAAACGUCAAGCGGUGGAUAGCGGCAUCUGUUGAAUAAAGGCAGUAUUGUUGCACAUCUUUUUGUCUGCCAGGGAGUCCAAAAGAAUGACUCUGAAGCGGCGAUCUAGCACUGAUAGCGAUCCCCCGUUUCGGCGCCGUGCAAACACCUUUCCACUUGACGACGACAAAUUGGAAAGUCAGGGUACAGGAGAUAAAUGGAGUAUUGUCCGUCAUGGGGCAUGGGACGUGGUUCCUAGACUACAAUCACAAAUCUCUGACGUUGACAGAGCACUGGUCCACCUACCCCGCUCUCCAAACGGGACUUCAGAGCCUUCCUCCUCAAAAAAUGCAGGAUCUGCGGCUUUGAUACCUCACACACCUUGGAAUGUUAUUCUACACAAGGCCGCAACUGGUCGGGCUGUUCUUUACAACCGUGAUGAGAAGAAGGUUGUUGUCCAACGCGCCACGCCCAGCGUUUCCCACGUAGUCACCGAUAAGCUUUGUCUUCUCUGUCGACGACCAUGGUCGAAACGCCGGAGAAGUGCGCAGCAGGAUGACAGUGAAGAAGAGACUGAAUUAUGUGAUUCGUUUAUAAACCAGGACUAUUUUAGGCUGCUUGAGUCUAUAACACCGGAUGUAGGCGAUUCUGAUGGACAAGCACAUCUUCCUCCCCCAAGUUCUCCGACAAAAUCGUCCAGCGCCCAUGAUCCAAAACCCCGCCCCAUUCCUUCUCUCUCCUUUUCGGAGCCGACACAAAGCGCCGAACCUACAGGUUUGAGCGAGAGUAGUUUCAAUCAGGGCUAUUACGAUAGGUUUUUCGUUGAAGAGCGGAAAUUGGGAAGGGGAUUACGGGGAAGCGUUUUUCUCUGUCAACAUAUUCUUGACCAAGUUCCCCUUGGACAGUUUGCAGUCAAGGCAAUCCCGGUGGGGACGUCUCAUGCAUGGUUAGUUCGCAUGUUGAAAGAAGUACAUCUUUUGGAACGAUUGCGGCAUCCGAAUAUUAUCGAAUAUAAGCAUGCUUGGCUGGAGCAUAGGCAGCUCACCCAAUUCGGCCCUGAAGUCCCGUGUCUUUUCGUUCUAAUGGAACUCGCCAACGGCGGCAACCUCGAAGAAUACAUCUACGUCCAAUGGCAUCCAGAUUCCACCGACAGCAUAGUUAACAGCGGCCAAAUCUCUUCUGAUGACGACAGGGACUUUAGCCACCUAACGCCCAAAGAACGCGUCAAACGAUUGCGCGAACGCAAACGACGACGCCAAGAACAGUCACGCCUUCCACCAUCCAUCUCUUCCCUUUCUUCUUCGUCAGUCUCCAAAUCGACCAGGUCCAAUCGAGCGCAAAUGCAUGGAGGAAUUGGACGGGGGCCCCAGGGGAAGAAGGUGCGGUUCUUGAAAGAUUAUGAAAUCUGGUGUUUGUUUCUGGAUAUAUGUAAGGGUUUGGCGCAUUUGCAUAAGCAUGGCAUCAUUCAUCGAGAUUUGAAACCUCCGAAUUUAUUACUCCAUUUCGCCGAUCCGAGCGACAAGGACGAAAUCCCUCGCAUCCUCAUUUCUGAUUUCGGUGAAUGCGAAGUCCUAUCUGAUGAAACCCAACGCGAACGCACAGGGGCGACUGGAACCCUUGAAUUCAUGCCUCCCGAACUCCUCGUAAAAGACUCGUCCGGUCACUAUCUGAACGACCACUCUCCCAAAGCCGAUAUGUGGUCCCUAGGUGUCGUUUUGUACUUUUUGUGUUAUUCUAGUGUACCUUAUUCGCAGACAGAUGAUGUUGAUGCGCUGAGAGAGGAGAUUGUUGGGUUUGAGAGCGUUACGUUUCCAGAUCACGGCACCCGCGUGCCUACCGAACUCCAAUCCCUUGUCACAAAGCUCCUCAGCCGCAACGCCCGCGAUCGCCCAUCAGUAGAAGAAAUCCUCUCCACCUACGGACACCUAAGUACAUCUAACCGUUCGUCACCUCUGACGCCAAACCCAUCCUUGGAAUCAACACGAACCGAGACGUUUCGAACUGAUGAUGGGCUAAAAAGAGUCGUCAAGAAACUGACUUUUGAGGAGCUGAAAGUACACGGAGCUGGUGAUGGGGUACCCAGGAGGUAUUCGGAGCCUGAAGUCAGGACUGCCCGUUGGGAUACCGCUUCAGUCCGACCGGUCCCUUCACUACCCAGCACGACCAACAAUGAAUCAUGGGCUGAGAAGCGGCGGGUUGGUGUAUUUGCAACAACGGUUGUGACGCUGUUGGCUAGUCCACCCUCUCCACCUGGAAUGGUAUAUGCUGCAAUGUUUUUUGCAUGUUGCGAAGUUGGAUUACCGCGAACGUAUCCGGUAAUGACUACGGUUGUACAUGCCUUGUUGGUAUGGUGGAUGGGGUUAGGAUUAGUAGCUUGGGUGGGUGUGGUUGGCGCAGGGGUAGGAAGGUUCUUAGAAUGAUGAUGUACAUAAUGUUGGGCUUUUUGUGCACGGAAUGUUUUGUGAAAUAUAUUGCAAAUGCAAAAAUGGCG